ACUAGAGAAGACUACGAAAAAGUAGGGAUAACUAGUCUCUCACAUAAUUUUUACAUAAACAAAAGCAAAACCCACGUUGAAAACGAGGAAAAGAAUAGAAACUGAAACGACUUGUAUUUCUCUGCGAUAAAAGAUAAACGGAACAAGAGUAGUUCUGACGUGGUUUUCCAGGUGCUAUUGCUUCUACAACAUCGAUUACGAUUUAAUAUUACCUUCCGCACGACAAUCCUUUCACUUUUCCGACCGUUAGCAAAUCACCUUUUCUAUUGCGACAGAAGCAGGGAAUCAUGAUGGCCAAGUUAUUUUUUUUCCCCUACUCCUUGGUCCACAAAGGACAGGGAGGCUUAGCUUUCUCGACGGCGUCCGUGAAGUUGGCAGUGGUCCUUUUUAUUCAGCUGUGCGCAUCUGGUAUGACCACGACGAGUUUGAUCGCAAGCAACCUCGUUGUCUCAGCGGUUCAGAUGCGGGGCGACCGUGGAGAUCGAGAUGCAGACCACGCUUAUCCCCCCGCCAAUUUUUUCAGCGGAAUGUAUGCUAAUUCUCGGCUUGUUUACCCCAGCACUGAGACGGCGCUGGAGCGACUUGAGGAGGCAGCAAGUGUGGCGGUUCCGGGAGGAGAUAGUGAUAUCGAAAUGGACGGGGACGACGAGGAAGCGGAAAUAAUAAAUGCGGCCCCUGCACCAGCUACAACUAGAACUACUCCCACGUCGUCAAUCACCCCGCAUGCUAUGGAUUGUACCAGCAGCGUAAGCAUUUGCACGCACCACGAAGGUUCACGGAGGCGCGUGGUCUCUGCUUCCAGUUCGUCUCCUUCCGACGAGGACAGAGGACGUCGUGGACCUGGCAAGAACACCAAGAAGACGGCGCGGCGUAAAGCAGAUGGUGAAUGUUCUUUGAGGACUCCAUCACCACCAAAAUCAAGGGACGCUAUCUUGGCGGAAAUCUUUAGCAAUGGUCCACCUCGAAGCUCGUUUUCUGGAGCUGCAGCUUCCAAUGCAUCUUCGAGUGGUCUGGUUCCGGCCGCCGCCGUGCAAGGACGAGGACCUCCACAGCACGCCGCCAGUUCGUCUUCGUCCAGAUUCAACAAGCGUCCCUCGACGCCGCCGCCUUCAUGCGUUCCGGGCACGCGUUUUUACGGCGGACUCUGCAGUGGGGAGGAGCUGCAUGCGGGGGAGGAGCUUCUUUUUGAGCGAAUUCGCGAAAUGUUUUCCCACGGAUCGUCACAGUUGGCAAAGGAGCACAAGAAGGAGGAUUCCGUUCAGACCAUGCGUCAGCGAUUGUUGAACUAUCUGAAGUCAGAAGUCAGGCGCGGCGAGCGGCAGGCGCACGGCACUUGGGAAGCGUUUUUGGAAAGCAGGGGAUGGAAAUCCGCACUCAAAGAACUGCAACAGGCAGAUAAGGAGAUAGAGCAGUACAUUCGCCGUGAGCAGUUGGAACUCGGAGGAGACGGCAGCAUCGAAAAAAAUAUCUCCUCUCCGUUCGAGAGAUACCGACAUGCCUUGAAUGAGCUACUGGCCUGCAGUCCAGAGUUCCUCAAGACACAGGUUGAUAAUGUUUUACACCCAGGGGCAGCUUCGUCGUCGAGCUAUACUGGAGGUCCGACUUCUUGUUUGGCACUGGGGGGAGCGCCUAUGCCUGCUGGAUUUAUUCCCGUCGGCCUCGGGGUCGGAGCUGCGCCUUGGGUUAGUGGUGUAGGAACAAGCUCUAACCCUCCACUAGACGUUUUCGGCGCACCUACGGGACCACCGCCAGAAAUCGAACACGAUGCAAUGGCAAAUGCCGUACCUUGUGCGCCUAGUGCACCAAGCGCAGAAGGCUUGGGCACGACGGAUGGCGAAAAAUUAAGCAACAUGCUCGCGUUAGCACAAUCUUUAGGGAUGCUCAUGCCUUAAUACGAAAAAGCGCGAAACGAAGGAGGGUCGUGUUCUUCUUCAUCCCGGACAAAAUAUAAUGCGGACAAGAACGGCGCGAUUUCAUCCCCGAUGCGCGACCCCGCGGGAAUCGAUGCUCACAGACGCCGGAGCUGCACGAAUACUCCUGGUGAAAACGGAAGAAAUUUUUUCUACUCACUGCUCCCACAGAGUUGGUUCUGCCUUUAUUGUUUUCUGAUGACAUGUGGAGGAUCUUAUCCUAGUAAGAUGAAGAACGUCGCUUGAUGGUUGGUACUAGACCGUGUGAAAGGGAUCGCCUGUCAUAUCAAGUCCCUCGUUUUACUCUGUCAUGUUGUAGCCGUUUUCGAUGCGAAGCACUAAGUAAUUAAAGUUAAGGUUAACAUUAUCUCUCCUUCGCUCUCCAGAUUGUGAUUGUCACGCGAACUAACGUAGCCCGGCUACUCCCCCUCAAAAUCAACUUCUUGUAUAAUUUCAUUUAGGAUGUCCGCUUCAACAUUUAACCCACACUACAGGACGUGCACGCUUCAAUUCUCAGUUCGCCUUGCUACUGUGCUCUACCUAAACUUCCCUUUGGGAUUUUACUUUCUAUGUAUAAUGAUUUAGAAAGUCAAAGUCGACCCCGUUUUAGUUUUGGAAGAAAUAGAUUCCCAUGUUCGUGGUGCAGCCCUACUUUCUGUAUUUGUUUUGUAUGAUGAGCUUUUCUUUAUCUUUGUGCAAUCCUUUUGUUUUAUACGAUUUUAUUCUGCCAGUGGAGCGGGUACGCGUUUGACCUUGACGAGGCCUCAAAGUCGAAGCGAGUCGUGCCUCCACUGUCGCCAAUACUAGUACAUUUUUCUUGAAGAAGAUGUAGAGCUCUCGAACCUCUACUUCUAGAACCUGAAGCUGAUUUGAAUGAACAACAUGAAGAACAUGAUGAUGGUGCUAGUAGCUAGUGCUGGUCCCGAGGACAGCGCGAUCUGCUACCGACUGUCGCGUUUAUUUCGAGACACGAAAUCAAAAUCUGUUCGAUCAUCUGGACCAGAAACUACUCAAGUGGAAAAUUACUAUUAUUCCAGGCAAUCUUGAGUCUGUAACUCAAUGCUGUA